AUGGAACUCAAUUCCUAUAAGUUUAGCUCUGAGUUGCACGAUGACUUUAAAAUUGUUGAUAGCUGGGUACAUAACGGAUCGAAAUGGAUAGACGACAUUCAACAAUAUUACAAAGAAAGGAGCUCUAUUGAGAGAGAAUAUUCUCAGAAGCUUUCCAGUCUUUCAAGAAAGUUUGUCGAAAAAAAGAACAAAAAGUCAUCACUUCUUUCCGUUGGUGAUAACCCUACGAAAUCUGCUGGUUCUUUAGAAUGCGCUUCUCUGACAACAUGGUCGAAAAUAUUGGAUGAACUUGUGCAAUCCUCGAAAAUUCAUCAAAAACUCGCGGAUGACUUUGUUUUGGAAACUAAUGAACAAGCAAAGCGAUUGGAAGCAAAUGUUGACAAUUUAAAGAAGUCUUAUGACCACCUUUAUGAAAAGUUUUUGGAGCAGAAAGAAUCCUUGUUGACCAUGGUUAAGAGAGCGAAAUCAAGUUACCAUGAAGCUUGCGAGAGUUUGGAGUCGGCAAGGCAAAAAAGAGACAAGCACAACGAUGAGAAAACUGGGAAACUUUUCAAAAAUUCGCAAAACGAUAUGCUAGUUAAGAAGAAUAUGUAUAUUCUUCGUAUCCUUGUCUACAACGCACAUAUGCAGCGCUAUUAUCAGGAAACACUACCAAAUCUUUUAGACCAUAUGCAAAGAUUGAAUGAGUACAGAGUGAAAAAUCUGAAUGAUACUUGGAAAGCUGGAAUCACAUGUGAAAAAAGCUGUUACAAAUCUUUAAGCGAAGAAGCAGAUGCACUCAACUCGGAAAUUGACAAAAAUGAACCUUCUUUGGAUUCUGUAAUGUUUGGUCAGCACAAUGUUAAGUCUUGGAAUGAGCCUUCGCCUUUGGUGUUCGAGCCUAGCCCAAUUUGGCAUGACACCAAUACAUUAGUUGUAGACGGCGCGAGUAGAAAUUUUCUUCGAAACAAUUUGGUGAACUCCAAAUCGGAAAUAGAAAAGGCAGAAGAAGAAUUACAAAACUUAUCAAAGCGGUUGGAAGGGUCGCGAAUUGAUGAUACGACGACACUUGAGCAGUCUUAUGAAUCGAAAAUAGCUGCUGUCGAACUAGAGAGCAAGGAGAUAUUAAUAAAAAACAGAGUCCACGACCUCAAUGUGCGUGUUAACAAAAUAACCCAGGAUGCCGGAAAUAUUGAAGAUGGAAUGAACUUUCACACAUUCAAGGUUGCUAGCUUUAAGAUACCUGUCAAGUGUUUCCACUGCCAUUCUAAAGUUUGGGGCCGCGGUUUGUCCUGCGAGGGUUGCGGAUACAAAUGUCAUCCACGAUGCCAACUAUACGUUCCAGCCAAUUGUGGUCAAAGUUCUGCCGAAGAUGAUCACGACGAAACACUGUCAAGCACAGGGGAUUUUGGCAGUAAUCAACGAGAAGGAUCAUUACUUUCAUCCAAUCUUUACGACACAUAUGAGGACGACUAUACGAACAGCGUUGGUUCUCGCAAUGCAUAUGCACCUUCUUUACACCAAACACCUUUGUCAAAUAAUUAUGAAGCCGAAGGUACUCAACGUACAGAAGACGGAGAAGAGAAGGUGAAUGGUACAUUACUUUACGAUUUCACUGGAACCCAAAAAGGUGUUUUGAGUGCUUCCCAAGGCCAAACAUUCACUCUUUUAAAGCCAGACAAUGGAAGUGGUUGGAUUUCUGUGAAAAUUGACGAUUCAGUUGGUGUACUCCCAACUUCUUAUGUUGAAUUGGGUACAGACACAGUUCAUUCAACAAACGGGACUAUUGAAGCGGCUGAUGAACAGUAUGUGCAAGCUGUAUUUGGCUACGAAGCUCAAAGUGAAAUGGAGAUAAGUAUUCAUGAGGGAGACGUGAUCCGUGUCACUCAGCGCGACGCAGGGAAUGGAUGGUCUGAAGGCACCUUACAUGGUAUUACCGGUCAAUUUCCAGCAAACUAUGUUGAGGAUAUCUAG